AUAAUCAACGAGUAAAAAAAUCGAAAAUAUAUCUGAAUAACUAGAAGUAUCAUUGCUUGAUAAGGUAUAUUCAUACAUGAUUGUAGUAUUUUUAUCAAAAAGCAAGUUAUUUAGUCACUUCUCCUGCACUGUAACCUUUGAUUCGACUGGCUUCGCGGCCGGAAGGCGGGGCUUUCUGAGCCAAUUAAGGCCGCUUGCGCCCACGCCGCGUCUGCGCCUUUCUCGCACGCGUGCUUCUGAUCAUUAUCUAGCCUUAAUUAGGUCACGAAGCCCCACCUUCCAGCCGCCAAGCCACUUGAAUCAAAGGGACCUAUCUUUCGCCUCCGCCUGUUUCGAGAAUGAAAUGGGAUACUGUGGUUUUAUCGAUACGUGUGGACCAAGAUGUGCAGGAAGCAAGGAAAAUGAUGAAGUUUCUGCAAGAAUGUGGAAUGUUCGAGACCGAUCACAUGCUUGUCGUUUCGGAUCCUUGCGAUGAUGUAGGCUCUGCUGGAAGCGCUCUGAAUGCAUUACUGAACACUGCUGAGCACCUUUGCGCCAGUCGUGGUCUCUCCGUUCUAAAUGAAUCUUUGCUGGAAUCUUCCAAAAUUCUAAUUCUAUUAUUGGGUGCUUCCAGCAAGUUUCUUCCAUUAGGUGCUGCUUUUCUAGUUCCACCUGAUAACGGUGUGCUAGAAACUCCAUGGAUCGCAAUGGACUGUCCUAUAGCGAACGCUAUCAGAAACAUCAACAUGUUAGCUGAGAACGUCGACAAAGGAGUCUGGAUUUGUGGCACCGAUGCGCUUUGGGAAAUCGUAGAUGCUGUGCAAAUAUCCUGUAAUGAUGCGGAAAUAGCCGCGUUUUGCUUUGAAGGAAAUCCAGAUGACUGUCAUACUCACGGAGUAUUUGACCUAGGCGAUGAGAAUAUAGUGAAGUCCAUAGACUACAAAUGCGAUGCACCCAAAGCAGUGCCCAAAAUAGUUUUGGGUCUAAUUUAUCUUCCUCCUUCAAUAUCAACUCGAUUUCUUUCACUUUAUUCUGUUUAUCCAAUUUCUCGCUCGACAUAUUAUGGUGUAGACAGCGGAGCUAUAGGACUGAAGCUCUCAUUGUUCUUCGAUCUGAUUCUUGCCACUUGCUUAUCUGAGGAAGACUUCAUUUCUACCCAUGUAUUCGAAAAAUCUGAGAAAAAUAUUGAGCUACUAAAGCAUUCGAGAAAGGAAAUAUGGAAGCGAUUUCAUCAUCUGAGAAGUCGAGCAUACUGCCUACCAAUUAAAGGGUACGAAUAUCUUGGAUCUCCUGGAGGGAAACAUCCAACAAUGACGUCUGAGGCAGUUAUACAUCACCUUCGGGAUGUGAUGUCAGAGCGUAUCAGGGAGCUAGCACUAAGCCAAAAGCAGUAUUACACCACGGCUGUGCUAAAAACGGCGAUAGCUUGCAACUCCUACUGCAAAGACAGCUUCAACAUCUUCAAGCACCUGGAGAAGGUCUGUGUAGAAAGUGUUCCCAACUGUGCACGAGCUCUCAUGCUGACAGCCGAAUUUUUGGCACUUAGCGCUCAUGGAAAAGGUGGUUUGCGAAGUGGCCCAGCAGCCAAUCCAACAUUUUCUCUCAUCUUUGAAGCCAUCAAAAAGAACCCAGAGGAUACGCAAAAUAUCAUUGAACUCUAUCAAAUCAUUGAAGAAAAAUGGAUGCGGAGCGAAAACGAUAUGAUACGAGCUGCUCGUCAUUUGGAAGGUGCCGCACAGAUCUAUACGCAGAUAGAAGUAAAGAGAAUAUGCGAGAAAUAUAUUCCAUCACCGGAAACACGACCUACACCUUCUGCUCCCAAAAGUUUCACAGUGGAAGCAGCUGCAAGGAUCGACCUCUUUGGUGGAUGGCUCGAUACACCUCCAAUAACUCUACACGCCAGACCUUCAGCUGUGGUGAAUAUGGCUAUCACUGUCGACGGAAGGCAAGUUCAUGAUUGCUUGCACUUUCAUCAGAUCAACUAUGACCUCACAAAUCUAGAAGUACUAAAAUUUGUCUUCAUGGCAUGGGGAAAAAUGCAUAAAACACGUCAUAUGUGA